AUGCAUUCACAUCACUAUCAGUAUAAGAUCUAAAUGAUAAUAAUACUGAAGAUCUAAAUAAAUGAGCGUCACAUCUUUAUAGCAUCUGCAGUUGUACAGUAUCAGUUACUUUGUCAGUGGCACUUUUUUCUGUCCUGCUGCUAUUGAAACUCCACCCUUCUCUCACUCUCUCUCUUUCUCUCUCUCUCUCUCCUCUGCAGUGUUUUCUCUGCUGCGGUCAGCACAAGUGUUCAGUGUCAGUCUGGACGAUGCAGGACUGUCUGAUCAGGACACACAUGAUCCCGGUAAGGGAUGAAGAUGCCGAAUCUCAGAGGAAGGCCAAAUCACGGCAGGCCAGACAGACUCGGAGAGCUACACAGGGAGUAACCCUCUCAGAGCUCAUGGAGGCUAAGAAGACCUUCAGUACAUCAAAACUGGAAAUUCAACCAGGUGAAGUGUGCAGAUCUACAGAGAGACUGUGUGUUCAGAGAGUUCAUGAGGACACCACAGACUCCAGUCCAUCUCUGAAAACACUAGAACAACAUUCUGAGGAUCAUCUUGAUGAGCAAGGAAACUGGAAAAGAAGAUCUGGACCCAAUCCUGAAAGGUCUUCCUUUUGCAUGUCUUCAGUAAAAGGAGCUUGUGGAUUCACUCCUAGUCUGAAGAAUCACAGGAGCUUAAAAGAGUCUGAAUGGAUGGAUGAAAAUGACAACAUUCUUUAUGGUUGCUCUGGUGCAUCUCUGGCACAGAAACUCAUUGAAGACAGUGACCUGCCUGGCCUACUCACUGAGCAAGAUCGGGCGUCAAGGUCAGAUUCCAGCGGUGUGGAUUCUCUGUCAGACCGUCUGUCGUCUCGAACCAGCACUUACACACGCAGAGAAAACAGACUCGCCUCGCUGAGCAAACCGGACGAGGACUCCACCAGCAAAGACUAUAAGAAGCUGUAUGAGGAUGCUCUGUCUGAGAAUGAGAAGCUGAAGUCUCGACUGGAGGACAGCAAACAGGAGCUCACCAAAAUCCGCUCGCAGCUGGACAGAGUCACACAGGAAAAAGAAGCAUUGGAGAAGAGGGUUUCAGAUAUGGAGGAAGAAUUAAAGGUAUUGACCGAACUGAAGUCUGAUAACCAGCGGCUGAAAGAUGAGAACGGAGCCUUAAUUAGAGUCAUAAGCAAACUUUCCAAAUGAGGAAUACCAGAUGAAGAGGAAAAACACUGAACAGAGAAAGACCAAAAUAUUUGAUUGCACCUGAUCAUUGUUAUGCAGGGUAAUGGUUUUGUCAUAUCUGCUUUUGGUGCAUCAGAUCCAAGGCUAAGGGGAUAACAAACAUUAAACAUUCAUUUGCUCAUGCUCAUGUCACUCCAUACCUGUAUGAAUUUUUUGAUUUUUGGGAAGCAUGGAGAUAAUACAAGAGAUGUCCCUUUAACCAACCCUUAACAAAAAUUCAGAGUUUGCAUGGUUUCCUGUGGCCUAAGCUCGCUUAGGUAUUUGAUGUGAUGAUAUAGAGCUAUUGUAGGCCUUGAUGUACUUGGAGCAAAGUUCUGUUUUAGUUAUUUACUUUUGGGGGGAAAAUACCUGAUGUAAAACUGCCUGGUACUGAUGAAGGUUUUUAUCCAUGGAGUGAAACUUCCAAAACUCGAAAACAUACUUUAUCUUGCUCUGAUUUUAUUUUGAAAUUAUCAACACUGAGUUGUUCCUCAAUUUUGCUUAAAUAUUUUAAUAUCAUGGCCUUCAUUGACCUGGUAAUAGUCCAGUUUUGCUGGUGAGAACUUGGUUGAUUGGUUAAUAAAGUUCAAAAACAUCUAUUGAACUAAUUGACCUAUUACCCCAUCUUAAACUGUGUUGUGCAGUGUGAUACUCCAAAAACAUUGAUACCACAGUUUGUGUUUUUAAGCAUGACCACAAAAAUGUUCAAUGAAUUUCAAGUUUUCUACUGUUAGCCCUUUUUAAAGCCCUGCUUAAAGUACCUGUUGAAAAGACCAGAGUGUGAAUGGUGAAUGGGUAUUUGCCCUGGAGAAAUUUAUUCAUAGUUCCUUUAACUAUUAGGCGGCAAUUUUUGUAUCACAGGAACUGGGAACAAGUUUAAAUAUUUAAACUGCUUUUAGGAAAACUAAAGUAGUUAUUGUUUUAGAGCAGGGUCCAACUCAGCACAAUAGGAACUACCGUGCCAAAAGUUUUGUGUUAGGCAAACAUGUCAUACAAAUCCACAUGUAAUAAUUAUAAUAAUAAUAUAAUAAUAAUACAAAUGUCUCCAAAAACUAUUGUCCCUAGAGUCUAAAAUGGUCCCAGCUGAUUGGAGAGACCCCAAAUGGUGCUUCUUUGUUAUAGGAACUGUUUGGUGUGUACAUACCACAGGUACAGGCAACUUCAUUUGAGAAAACUAAAUUGCCCACUAGCAUAGUCUCAUUUUAGAAAAACAGAAAUAGUUUACCAUUUCACAUAUACUGUACUGUACUUCCAAAAAAUAUUGCCACAAACAAGACAGUCAUAAAUUGGCUCGACCAAGCUCUAGGUUCUUGUCAUCGGUUCUCUAAAGACCUACUUGCAGA